CGAACGAAAUCGAUUAUUAUCACCCCAACUAGAAGGGUCACGGGCCAAAUCACGAGCAAGGUUACGUAACAAUGAUCAUCAAACCCCCAAUCAGAGUCAACCACAGAAUAAUCAACCACAUAAUGAUCAGACCAAAUCAUGUGAUGAUCAUCAUGAUCAUG